AUGACUAAAAAGAAUGACCCUUACCAGCCUCGGUUCAAGGAGGGCUACUGUAUGGAGGUCAAGAGGUCAUCUGGGGUCAACUGCGAGUCGUCUGGCAUCGGCCCGAGUCUUCAGCGUCAGCAGAUUAAUAAGCUGACGUCAUUCAUUGAUGCUUCAAACGUGUAUGGUUCCUCCGAUGAACAGCUUCAGGGACUCAGGGACGGAAACACGCCGUUCAUGAGAGUAUCUGAAGGUGCCGACGGUCCGCGUGUACCAAACGGAAAUGACUCCACGUGCAAGGCCAAACCCGACGAAGGAAUCCACUGCAGCCUCGUUGGUGACGACCGCGUAAACGUUGUCCCAUCGCUGACGUCAUACCACAACGUUUUCAUCCUUGAGCACAAUCGUCUGGCAGAGCGUCUGCGUGAAGAGUUUCCUGAUGAAGAAGAAGCGUUCCAGCAGACGAGAAAACUGAUGAUCGCCAUUAUGCAAAAGAUUGUUUACGACGAAUAUCUUCCGUCGUUCCUCUCGCCGCUGGCGAUGAAAAAAUACAAACUAGGAAACCUUUCUCCAUACAAAUAUGAUCCAAGCUUAGAUCCUACUAUUUCCAACGAGUUUGGAAUUGCUUACAGAAUGGGUCACACCUGGAUACCCAUGUUCAUGGCGGUGUUCACAAAGGAGUUCCAGCCGUCCUUUGGUCGCUUUACCAACGAGACAUACGAAGACCCGUCAAUGACUUACAUCGAGUCGCAAAACGGGGGUCCCUCUGGAAUGGAAGGACUAGCAUACUGGCUGUCUGCGAAGAAAUCGCCUGCAACGGACAGGAUUCUCGAAGACGUUGUCAGGAACGACCUCUUUCUCAACCCUACAAAAGACACCUCGUUUGAUCUAGCUGCGCUGAAUAUUCAACGUGGUCGCGACCACGGACUACCAUCAUACAAUGAAUAUCGAAAGUUCUGUGGCUUGUCAACGAUGUCGUCAUGGAGAACGAGAUUCGGUGACCUUACUGAUGCAGCACUCUCUAGACUCGAGGAAGCUGGAUAUAGCGAUCCCGACGACGUUGACUUAUUCACCGGAGCCUUGAGCGAGAAGCCCGUUCCCGGGGGUGCCCUGGGUCCGACCAUGGAGUGUAUCAUAGGGGACCAGUUCCACAGACUAAAGUUCGGAGACAGGUUCUUUUAUAAGAACCCUGAGACUGGGUAUAAUCGAGACCAAAUAGAGGCGAUAAAGAACUACAGUCUGGCGUCGUUGAUGUGCAGGAACUACAAGUUUGAAAGGAUCCACUUUCCUGACAUCUUCAGAGUCCUAUCACCUUUGGUGGACUGCAAAGAUAUUGAUGAUAUCGACCUCACCCCAUUCUUGUCUUCGUCCUUGCCUGACCUUCCCCGCCCUCCCGAAUCCUUCCCCAAACCGAUCAGAAACAUCGACACCAAGUAAAAUGAGCUUGUCGAGAAAAUAGAGGCAGACAUUUUAACAGAUAUUGAUAACGUCUAAACGAUGACGAUGAUGUUGAUUUAUUGUGUUAUUAUUUCAAACUACUUAUUAACAUGUUCGGAUAAGUAAUAUUCGGCAAUUGGGCUCCUCACGUUUAUACACUGAAUAUUUUACAUCAACGUGCAACUUUUGUUUGCAACUUUUUUUAGACAAUGAAGAUAAAUGUGUUAGGAUUAUUCUGAAAAAAAUAUCAUGAACUGACCAGUGUAUCAGUUAUGUUCUGAUACAGAGACGUUUUAAUAUCGUAUCAUAUUUGGAUUUCUUUAAACGAGGUAGAAGUGGCCAGGAUUAUUGAAUUGUGUAUUUCCAACAGCGACACGUGUGAUUGUAGGUGCCGUGCCACACGACUAGUACGCCAUCUGCGAAACAACAUGACAAAACAUUUGAGCUGUGAAAAUUGGGUUAAUAUAUGUGCGUAAAGUGCCGUCCCAGAUUAAACUGUUCUGUACGCACAGGCUAAUCAGGGACAACACUAACCACGGAUUUAAUUUAAUUCCGCAGUCCGCACAGCCUUAUCAGAGAUGACACUUUC